AUGGGUCCCUUGUGUACGGCUCCCAUUGCUGAUGUCUCCCUCGCCACACUCUGCCAUGUGCCACUUUUCAGGUAUCUCUCACACACUGCUGGUGUGUUCCAUUUUUUUCAUAGGGUUGCUGUAUGGCCUCCCAUUGAUGUGCCUCCACCGCCACACUGUGGCUCCAAACACUGGUUUUGGCCCCGUGACUGGCCAAAUGAGUGAAGUGUGCGGUGAUUCUAAGAUCGACGGCACUUCAUCUGCAUGUCAUACUGACUGACAGUAUUAUUUCUCUUCCCCAGCAGGGACUCAAGGGCAUUUUUUAAAUUAAAGGUACACAGUGUUCUGCACUAAUAUUA